AUGGAGCAUCUCACUAUCCUCGGCUAUGCCACUGCUGAUGAACUUGAGGUACGAGUGUCCGAAUAUGACCGCCUAAUUGCUCAAGAAGAAACUGCCGCAUAUACAAAUGGUCGUCUCGCCCACUCCCCCCCACCCGGGGUGAACACGAAUAGCAGAGCCGGUUUUCGGUCUGCCCUCAAACACCUGAUAGACAACAGAUUUAUUGUGUGCGUCCGCGAUGCCCACUUCCAAUCCCAAUUCGACGCCCGCCGAGACAUCGAGCGGCAUCUCGCUCAUUUGGAGGGGUUGCCGGCAGCCAAAGGAAAGAAGAUUCAGUCGGACAUCGAUCGCAGGGUUGAUAUAGAACUCGGGUCACGUCUAGACGCCUCUAUUUCGUCCACAUCGGUCCUGCAGGAUCUUCAAGAGCAGGGUUUGAAUGGCGAAAACAUGACAUACAGCGAGUACAAAACCAUGCUUUGCAUUGACUACUCCAACCUUGUUAUCUCUGUGCGCAACGAAAAGGUGGCUUUUGCUGCUGAUAAGUUGUUUGGCAAACCAGUCGCACAGGUGGCUCGAGCAGCCUGCUUACAGGCCGAUGUCGAUUCGGGUCCGUACAAGCUCCGGGAUUGUACAUCAACGCCAGCGCCGAUACAGAGACUUAAUGUGGCACAGAUAUGCAGUGACUUGGCCGAGAUUGCCACACUUGAGAAUCAAAUUGGCGAAGGUGUUGAGAAUGGUUGGCCUCUGGCAGAGUAUGCCGUCAACGGCCAUCGUGGUCCGCACACUGAUGGCGCAAUGCACCCUCAACAGAUUGAUCACCAGUUGGCAGUACUAGCAGAAGGCCCUUUCCACUUUUUCUCACAGGACCAUGUCGGGGGCCAUUGGCUGCUGCAUAAGACAGAGCUGAACAAUUUUCUACGCGACAAAGAGUUGAUGAGACUCAUGGGCGAGAGUCUGAGUGGGCCGGCUCUAAGAACCGUGCGUAUACUCAUGGACAAGGGGAAGUUGGAUGAAAAGUCUUUGCAAGAGAUCGGACUGUUAGGCGCAAAGGAACUUCGACAAUGCUUGGCUCGAUUGCAGAUGAUGGGGUUACUAGAACUUCAAGAAGUCCCGCGAGAACCCCAACGACAGCCCAAUCGGACGAUAUUCCUUUGGUUCUACGAUCCGGAAAGGGUUCGGAAAGUGUUUCUGGGCAGACUCUACAAAACCAUGGCGCGUUUGUUUCAACGGUUGCAGCUUGAACGAGAGAAACUGGCAUCAACAUUAAGCAAGGUCGAAAGAACUGAUGUACAGGGGAGUGAAGAAGAAAUGCUCUCUCCUGCCGAACUUCAAGUGUUGUUUCAGUGGCGACAAAAGGAAGCUUGGUUCAUGGCCGAGAUCAGUCGCUUGGACGAUUCCGUCGUCAUUCUCCGCGAUCUUUGA